GUCUGCGGGAGAAGACGAGCAGCAGAACCGGAGGACGAUGAAGAGCGAGAGGUUCUGAUCCAACGCGCCGGAACCGAGUCAUCUUCUCACCUGCAGCUCAGCAUGGAGGAGCGGAGGCGCUGAGGAGAAGCCGGAGCUGCAGCCGCCGACGACAACAGGUCCUUCUGCUGAUCUUCUUCACCUCCUGAAUCUCGCUGACCAGUGAAGCGCUGGAGCCGCGACGGUCAAGCAUGGACGUGCCCAGGAUGGCCGAAGGCCUCUUUAGCAGCACGCUGUCCUCGUCAGGCGGAGGUCAUCAUGUGACCUCCUACCUGACGCUGGAGCAGAAGGCUGCUUUUGUCUUCGUGCUGCUGCUCUUCAUCUUCCUGGCACUGCUCAUCGUGCGCUGCUUCCGGAUCCUCCUGGACCCGUACCGCAGCAUGCCAUCGUCCAACUGGACGGACCACACCGAGAAGGACACCUUUGACUACCGCAUCGUCUAGCGUGGUCCAAUGGAGACGGCGGCGGCGGCGAAUUCUCCAGGAUGUUCACGGUCUCCGGACUGAUGACGGGUUCUGGUCUUAACAAGCACUUAAACAGCUUCUCCCUGCCAAACCACCAUCACGCCCGCUGACACCCACUGCCACCUCCUGGCUGGUCCUCCACAACCAGCCUCCACAUCACUAAAGGUCAUCCUUUCACCUCGUAGGUUUUAUUAACAACGUAGACAAUCAGUGUUUCAAAUGGUCCCAAAAAAAAAAAAAAAAAAAAAAAAAAAGUGAACAAAUGAGGGUUUUUCAUAAUUCUGUCUGGACCGCGACGAGUCACGUAAAAAUGUAAAAAUGGACGCCACUCUCUGGGAAUUCACUAGUAAGCUGGCGAAUCAGAAGAGGCCUAACACUGCCAUCAUGGUUAUUGAGCGAGCGCCAACCCGCUCCCACACCCGGACGCUGGCGCUUACAUCUGGUUCGCCCAGUUCCACCUCAGUCCAGACGGCACAUGUGGCAUGUGCGGCACGUUAAAUUGCUUGGGUGGAAUAAUUUUGAUCCUAAAACUUCGACCAAUGGUAGUGGAAAAAAAGAUGCAGCGCCUCCAUGUGGACAAACUAACCACUGCCGUGCACACAUGAGAUCGGAAAUCAGGGUCACAGGGUGCCACUGGCCGAGCUCAACAACAAUUUGAUUCAGACAGUACAUGUACAUGUAGCUUCAUUGCAACCAGCGAAAUCCACUGGGGGCGCUAGAGAGCUGGUUCCCAUGUUUACAGAGGUGACGCGGUCCAGACGACAAGGAUUCAGGACGAGAAUUUUGAUGCCUUAUGAUCGACUGUCUGUGUCGUUGCGUCAGUAAGAAAGAGGAAACGCGUGUUGCGGCGUGGCGAGCGUGUGGUCAGCUGACCGCCGCAUCCCCAGACGGUUCUGACGCUCGCGAGGUGGAACACCGUGGGAACGUUGUCCCUUUAAUGAGAGUUUUGGACGGAUGCUAGUUAAAUAUCUCUGAGAGCAAGUGUGUGUCUGAGUGUGUACAUGUGUGUACCGGAAGUGUUGUGAUGUCAGCGACCAAAAAAACAAAACAAAAAGAGGUUUGAACUCGUUUACUGUGACGUACCGUUCGUGUGCCUCGUCCAACUAAUCUAUGUGCGACUGUGAGGGAGGAAAUAAGGAUCCACGUCCCUUUACGAACUAAUGUCAACUGUGCGCCUUAUAGUGUCGACUGUUUACAGCACCCACUGGUGGAGACGGCGGGAAACGUCUCCACGCUCCGGCGACGUCAUUCAGCCCCUGGAGAGACCCGAGUCCUCGUGGCCUCCAGGUGUCGCGCGCUUCAUCUUCUCGGACAUUCUCCUGCCUGUAAAUCCGCAAGUGUGUCCGUGCAUGUCGGGCCGCUUCCUGUCUGUGGUCGAGUCUGUCAUUCCCACACCCAAGAUCCGGUCCUGGUUUUCCUAAUAAAAGGAUCCGAGUGCACCAA